CUUUAGCCACUACAGCAGCUAUAAGCAAGAAAUGGCUCUACUUCUUGCUUCUGCCAUGAAUCACACUGCUCAUCCAGCAGAACUUAGAAGCCAUCUAGGACGACCCAAUAAUGAGAGUUUCUCACGGCACCACCUUUGUUCUUCACCACAAAACAUCAGUAAGCGAAGGUCUAACCUUAGCUUUAGGCCACGAGCUCAAACGAUAAGCAGUGAGCCUGGAAUCCACAUGCUGAGCCCCUGGGAAAUCCCUAGGAGGGACUGGUUCCCCCCUAGCUUUCUCUUCGGUGCUGCCACUGCAUCAUACCAAAUUGAAGGUGCUUGGAAUGAAGAUGGGAAGGGGCCAAGCACAUGGGAUCACUUCUGCCACAAUUUUCCGGAAUGGAUAGUGGACAGGAGCAAUGGGGAUGUUGCAGCGGAUUCGUACCAUAUGUACGCUGAGGAUGUCAGGUUGCUGAAGGAAAUGGGCAUGGACGCCUAUAGGUUCUCCAUCUCUUGGCCCAGAAUACUGCCAAAGGGGACGCUCGCUGGAGGUAUUAACGAGAAAGGCGUCGAGUACUACAACAAGUUGAUCGACUUGUUGCUAGAGAACGGCAUGGAGCCAUAUAUAACAAUUUUCCACUGGGACGCGCCUCAAGCGCUGGUAGACACGUAUGGCGGCUUCUUAGAUGAGAGGAUUAUAAAAGAUUACACAGACUUCGCUAAAGUGUGCUUUGAAAAGUUUGGUAAGAAGGUGAAAAACUGGUUCACCUUUAAUGAGCCGGAGACAUUUUGUUCUGUUUCCUAUGGAACUGGAGUCCUUGCCCCUGGGCGGUGCUCACCAGGAGUAAGUUGUGCCGUUCCAACUGGAAACUCACUCACCGAGCCAUACAUUGUUGCCCACAACCUUCUCCGAGCUCAUGCUGAGACUGUUGAUCUUUACAACAAGUAUCACAAGGGUGCGGACGGCCGUAUAGGGCUUGCUUUAAAUGUAUUUGGUCGUGUGCCAUACACAAAUACGUUUCUCGAUCAACAGGCCCAAGAAAUGUCCAUGGACAAAUGCCUAGGAUGGUUCUUGGAGCCAGUGCUUCGUGGUGACUACCCCUUCUCCAUGAGAGUGUCGGCGAGGGAUCGGCUGCCCUACUUCAAAGAAAAAGAGCAAGAGAAGCUAGUUGGUUCUUACGAUAUGAUCGGGAUAAACUACUACACCUCAACGUUCUCCAAGCACAACGACAUCUCAGCAAACUACUCGCCAGUGCUCAACACUGACGAUGCCUAUGCCAGUCAAAAAAGUAAGAAAUUAUAG